AUGAUAUCAAAAUUGGAUUACUGGUUUAUAUCAACUGUUUGUGGCAACGUCACUAAACACCAAAGUGAUAUUGGUGACAAAAUUACAGACGAGGAGGCUGCACGUGCAUGGCUCGAUCAAUACAAUCGGGAUGCCACGGACAUUUUCUAUGAGAGUUCAGUCAUCAGCUGGAACUACAGCACAAAUAUAACAGUAUAUAACCAGAAACUAACGUUGGAAAACUAUUUAGAGGUAUCCAAAUUCCAGAAAAACAUGUCUGAAGAAGCCAACACAUUUGCCUGGAGAAACUUCACCGACAGUUCUUUACGAAGACAGUUCCGACUCAUCACGAAUAUUGGGCUCAGUGCUUGCAGGGACGAGGACCUAUUGAAACAGAUCAUUAAGAUACAGUCUGACAUGGAGAAAACUUACAGCACAGGAAAAGUCUGCUACAAGUCUACAGAAAACUGCUUGGCACUUGAACCCGAUUUAACACGCCUGCUUGCAAAUUCUAAAGAUUAUAACGAGCUGCUGCAGGCAUGGAAAGGCUGGCGGGAUGUCACUGGGAAGAAGAUGAGGGAAGAAUACGAACAGUUCGUCAACCUCAGCAACCAUGCUAUUAGGUCAAUAGGGGACUUCGACAACUAUGCGGAGUAUUGGCUGUCUUUAUAUGACUCCGCGGGCUUCGAGGAGGAAGUUAUCGCCAUUAUGGAGCAACUGAAACCUUUAUACCUGGAGCUACAUACCUACGUCCGUGAAAAACUCCAGGAAAUAUAUCCUAGCCACAUGUUCCCGGCUACAGGACACAUACCUGCUCACUUGCUCGGUGAUAUGUGGGGACAGAGUUGGGAUAACCUGUUUGACAUCAUGCAGCCCUUCAAGAACAAGACCAGAUUCGACGUCACUGAAGCAAUGGUCUCUCAGAAUUAUACAGUGGAAAAGAUGUACACAAUUACUGAGGAAUUCUUCACUUCAUUAGGACUGCCAAAAUUACGGGAUAGCUUUUGGAAAAACUCCAUGCUGGAGCGACCAAAUAACCGAGAAGUUAGUUGCCACGGCUCUGCAUGGGAUUUCCUAAAAAAUUAUGAUUACAGGAUAAAGAUGUGUACUGACAUCACCAUGGUAGAUCUGUACACGGUACACCACGAGAUGGGCCACAUCUACUAUCAGAUGGCCUAUGAGAACCUGUCCAUGCCAUUCCGGGAUGGAGCCAACCCAGCUUUCCACGAAGCUAUUGGAGACACAAUAGCCUUAUCAGUGGUCACCCCUACUCAUCUACACAAGAUUGGACUACUCGACACCGUUGAAAAUGAUCAAGAAAGUGACAUCAACUUCCUGAUGAACAUUGCAUUAGAUAAGUUGGCGUUCCUUCCCUUCAGCUUCACGUUAGAUAGUUGGAGGUGGGGUGUUUUCAGAGGAGACACUCUUCCACAGCACUACAACUCUAAAUGGUGGGAGUUACGGUGUAAAUAUCAGGGUGUUUCUCCACCUGUCGAAAGGACAGCGGAGGACUUUGACCCGGGAUCUAAAUAUCAUGUACCUUUCCAAGUAUCUUAUAUAAGGUAUUUCGUGGCAUUCAUACUGCAGUUCCAGUUCCAGAAAUCUUUGUGCGAUGUCGCUGGGCACAAGGGUCCGCUUUAUCUCUGUGAUAUAUACAACUCAACUGCUGCAGGUGACAAACUCAGAGAAUUACUCAGUCUUGGGUCGUCCAAGUCAUGGCCAGAUGCCUUGGAAAUCAUGACAGGACAAAGAAAUAUGGACGCAAGAGCCUUUAUUGAAUACUUUCAACCUUUGACUGAUUGGCUGAAAAUCCAGAACAAAAAUAAACGGUCGGGAUGGACGGAGUUGUCGUGCCCUUCAUCGACAACAGGAUUAAUUGACAGUGAGGAAGCAGGAUGGGAAUGGAUCGAGCAGAAUGAUAAAUUGUUUACCGAUAUCUUCUCCGAAAUGGCAAAUGCUGAAUGGCAGUAUGCUACCAAUAUCACCGAUCAUAACAGAAAAAUAAAGGUAGACACCACUUUGAAAUUUGCAGAAUAUGAACAGGUAGCUGUUCAGAAAGCAAGUAUGUUCGAUUGGACAAGCUUUCAAAACAAGACCCUGCGAAGACUGUUUAAAAAACUUAAUACCACCAUUGGUAUUAACUCUCUUGAAGGCAAAGACAAACUUGAACAGUCUUUCGCUUCUCCGGAUUCUGAGACCAUCGACAUUGUCACUAACUUCUGGGGGUACAGUUUAGUGAUCGGUCUGUUUAUCACUCCAAUUUUUGUUCCUGAUGACUGCUGCUCGGACUUGUCCAUCUCGGCCUUCCAUGAGUUCCUCCACGACGGCGAGCUUCCAGCCUACCCGUUUAAAAUCCCCGUGGACUUGCACAAUAUCUCCGACCGUUAUUUUACAGUCAUUAUUUCCAGAUAUACGAUGGAACUCUCUAAGCGACGUCAAUUACUCAGUUUUCCAUUGUAUUCAAAAGUUGUUUAG